GAAUAGUAUGGCAGCCUACCAGAGUUAGCUGCUAUAUAUUGUUUUUUCAAUUUACAGAAACCAACCAUAUCUGACAUGGUUGGCUGAGCAAUUACCAUAAAUGCUGUAUAAAUAGGUCUCAGGUCCAAGUAUCAUAAAAAGUUCAAAUCUGAUAUGAUAGGAUGUCUAGUGUUCUUCGAGUAAGGAGGUCUUCUUAGAUUCAAGUAGUGAUAUAAAUAGAUCUCUGAUCUUCACAAAAUUUUUAACGAGGUCUCAUGUUCGAGUCGUAGUAUAAUGUAUCAACAAGAUGGGUAAACAGGCAAACAGCAAUGCUGAUGAUGAUUAUCAUGUUUGGAUCUUUACCCAGAAAGAAUGGCUGUCCUGUUGUCAAUUCUAGCAGCGGAACAUACCAUGCAGGGCCAGUCAAUGAAUUGGAGGCCAACAUAUUCAAUUUUGCUCUGAAUUUGGAGUACCUGGAGUGUGAAUUUUUUCUUGGGGGUGUAUAUGGCAAGGGGCUUGAUAAAUUUGCAGCUAAUCUCACAGGAGGCGGGCCUACCCAACUAGGCGUUCGUAUGGCCAAUCUCGAUUCUCAAACUAGAGAUAUUGUCCAGCAAUUUGCCUUCCAGGAAAUCGGCCAUAUUAGAAUAAUUAGGGAGACUGUACAGGAAGCCAUUCCUAGACCUCUGCUGGAUUUGAGAGCAGAAACAUGGGCAAAGUUCUUUGAUGAAGCUGUGGGAUUCACACUCAAUCCUCCAUUUGAUCCAUAUGCCAAUUCUGUGAAUUAUGUGCUUGCUAUGUAUGUUGUUCUAUACAUGGGUUUGACAGCUUAUGUUGGCUCCAAUCCUAAUAUAACCUCAAAGGCUGGAAAGCGGCUGUUAGCAGGUCUUCUGGGAGUGGAAUCGGGGCAAGAUGCAGUGAUACGUUACUGGCUGUAUGAGAGAGCACAGCACAAGGUUUAUCCCUAUGCCUUCACUGUUGCAGAGAUGACAUCUUUCAUUUCCAACCUUAGAAAUUGCCUGGGAAAAACAGUCAUUGUGGAUGAAGGAAACAUAGUUCCCCCACAACUUGGUGCUGAAGGAAAAGUGAGUGGUAACAUUCUGUCAGCAGACGCCAACUCUCUGUCGUAUAGCAGAACUCCGAGGGAGACGUUGAGGGUUGUGUACAGUACAGGAAAUGAAUCAAAACCUGGUGGGUUUUAUCCACAGGGAGCCAAUGGGUUUAUUGCACGUAGCUAUCUGCACCAUUGACAGAUUACUUAUUACUACAUGCAUGUGGACUUGAACAUCUACCUUUGGAAAAAGAAAAGGAAGGAAGAAUGAAGACCAGUGGGUGGAGAAGUUUUAUUUGUUCUGGAUUGCUUGUAUUACAAUUAAUGUCACUUAUAUGGAAUGAUAAUAAUAUA